CAUAAGUUUUUAAACAGAUUUAUGUAUGAUAUAAAGCGGUAUAAGUAAGCUAUUAAAGUGCUUAUCUCACAAUUUUUUUUUCGAAUUUUCUGAUUGAGGUAAAAAAAUCAUUUUAAAAGUUAUUUUACAAUUUUCUGAUUGAUGGCUUUGUUUAUGAGAUAAAUGCGUUUCUUUUCUCAAAAUCGGCAAUAAUGGAGAAAAUUGCUGCGCGUUCAAUUUGCUUGAUGAGAGCCUGAAUCGAGAAGUGUGUGACGUAACAUAAGGGCAGGAAGUUUUUCUGAAGUGUGACUUUUGCUAUAAUUUCUACUUUAUUUACUACGGCUCUGCAUCAAAAUGCCUGAUAGAUGUGCAGUUUUCGGCUGUUCAAACCGAGCAAAUUCUGCGGAAAGAAUUUCUCUUCACCGCAUACCAUUUUACGGUGAUGAGCGUCCUGAAGCGAAGCGAAGACGUAAAAUCUGGGUGAAUUUUGUUGCAAGAAAACGCGCUCGAUGGACACCGACUAAGUAUUCGGCUGUUUAUUAUUGUGAUGGCAAAGUAAUUUGGGCAAAGUUCAAAUCUUUCCUGAGUCACAUAGUAGACAAGCACACCAAUUUGGAUAAUCCACUGUUUUCAAGUUGUUUUCAUGGCCCUGAUAUUAAACCAAGGGAAUAUUUGUUAGAAGGUUCAGUUGCUCAUGAAAAGCUUAGUGCUAAAUUGUUAAACCCACAGCUGAUGAAGUCAAUUCACCAGGCUUCACCAGUUGCUCAAACAAGUUGUUUGGAAGGAUUCCUUUCUGUCCUGAAUCAUUUUGCUCCAAAAAUGAUUCAUUAUUCCUAUGUUGGAAUGUAUUGCAGACACAUUUUGGCAUCCAUCCACUUCAACAACAACUUAAGGCAUGAUGUAAAGAUGAAGAAUGAUGGCACUUUCCAAAUAAAUGUAGUGUAUCCAAAGUUUAAAAAUGGUGAAGGAACUGUGAGGGAUGUCAGAGUUAAGUCCAAAUUUGAGUAUGUGGAUGAAUUAUUUGAGAGUGUGAUGCUGUCAAUAAAAGACAAAGACGCAUUAUCAAAUUCACAAAAUCUUUUGAAAGAAAUGUCCCCACCAUCAAUGAAUGUCAUGCUGCAAAAGCAACCCAGAGCUGAGGUGUUACUAAAACAGGUCCGUUGAAAAUGCAUUGUGGUCAAUGAUGUCCCUCCCUCAAUUCCAGCAGCUACCAGUGUGCCAUUCAGCUGUCAGUCAAAAGUGGCAGUUUCAAAAGAGAAAAGUCAGCCAAAAUGUUUGACAUGCAAGAAGCCAAUGAAAGGUCACAAACAUGUGGCAGAGUGCCCAAAAAAUAGGAAAACUCAACUUUCACAUCACUCAUUUAUUUCAUUUUCUUCGUACCCUCUAAAUUCCAACUUUUUAUCAUUAAAUUUUGAUCUUAUUGCAUGGUAUGCACAUGCUGGUAAUGGUCUUCUUUCUCCUAAGCAUCCAUAAAUCAUAGAUGUGAAUUCUCUGUAUGCAACACAUCGUAAAAACCUGAAUAUAAAGCCAAAUCAUUACUAAUGUGUCAUAACACUAAAAUAUACUUAAAUACUGGGAAAUAACAUAAUAUGCUAUCAUA